AUCAUCAUUAUAGUCCUGUCUCCUUUCUUUCUUUCUUCCUUUCCUUUUCAAAGAUCAAGAUGAUGGAGAUAAUUACAGUUAGAAAAUUGUUCUUGAUCGGGUUUUCGAUCUUGAUACUGAACUGGGUAUGGAGAGCUGUGAAUUGGGUUUGGUUAAGGCCAAAGAGACUGGAGAAAUAUCUGAAGAAACAAGGGUUCUCUGGGAAUUCUUACAGAAUUUUGAUGGGAGAUAUGAGAGAGAGUAAUCAGAUGGAUCAAGCUGCUCACUCUCUUCCUCUCCCUCUCGCUGCAGAUUUUCUCCCUCGCAUGAUGCCUUUUCUCCAUCACACUGUUCUAAAUCAUGGGAAGAAAUGUUUCACAUGGUACGGACCGUACCCGAACGUGAUAGUCAUGGAUCCAGAGACACUACGAGAGAUAAUGUCAAAACACGAACUCUUUCCAAAACCAAAGAUUGGGUCACAUAAUCAUGUUUUCCUCAGUGGUCUUCUCAAUCACGAAGGUCCCAAAUGGUCCAAGCAUCGAAGCAUUCUUAAUCCUGCUUUUCGUAUCGACAAUUUGAAGAGUAUACUUCCAGCAUUCAACUCGAGUUGCAAAGAGAUGUUAGAAGAAUGGGAAAAAUUAGCUUCAGCAAAAGGAACAGUGGAGCUUGAUUCAUGGACUUACUGUCAUGACUUAACCAGAAACAUGCUUGCUCGUGCUUCUUUUGGUGAUUCCUACAUAGAUGGCAUCAAAAUCUUCGAAAUCCAGCAAGAACAGAUCGAUCUUGGUCUCCAAGCUAUUCGAUCCGUCUACAUCCCUGGAUCAAAGUUUUUGCCAACAAAGUUCAACAAGAGGUUGAGAGAAACCGAAAGGGACAUGAGGGCUAUGUUUAAAGCUAUGAUUGAGACAAAAGAGAAGGAGAUAAAAAGAGGAAGAGGUACCGACAAAAACAGCGACUGUUGUGCUCGAUGUUGGCUUCGAAUACAAAAACUAUCACAGAACAAGGACCAGACUCUGGGCUGAGUCUUGACGACAUGAUAGAUGACUGUAAGGCUUUCUAUCUAGCUGGUCAAAAUGUUACUUCUUCAUUGUUUGUUUGGACACUUGUUGCUCUAAGCCAACAUCAAGACUGGCAAAACAAAGCAAGAGAAGAGAUUUCUCAGG